AUGCCCACCGUACCCGUGCCAGUGACGACAGGGGCGAUCGCUGGGAGUGCUACGGUUGCGAUUGGAACGCUCGCUUCAACCUUCCAGGAAUUGCGGAUGAAUCUCCUACGCUCCCUCCCCACGUAUAUGGUGCCUACACUGUAUAUACCGAUGGAUGAUAUGCCCAUAAAUGCGUCUGGGAAGUUGGACCGGCUAGCCAUUCGAGCAUAUCUGAACACGGUCUCCAUAUCAGAUCUUCAACAGUUUAUGCCCAAUGCAGGACCCAAGGAGGCGCCAACUACCGAGAUGGAGAGGAGAUUGCAGGCCCUAUGGGCAGAGACGCUGCAAAUUGAUACUGAAGACAUUGGUUGUGACGAUGACUUUUUCCAGAUCGGUGGUGAUUCUGUUGCCGCAAUGCGCAUGGUGGCUCUCCAAGCGGCGCGUAAACUCCAACUCACCGUUGCUACCAUCUUCCAACAUUCAAAGCUAUCGGAUCUCGCUCUGUUUCUCGACGAACAGAGCACGGAAGACCAGCCUGAGGAGCCAGAUCCAGAGCCCUUUACUCUGUGGCGAGAGCUAGAACAUGCCGAUUCAGUCACCCAGGCCCAACGGCUCGAGUGGAUUGCGAGAAGAUGUGACGUCUCUGUGGAGGAAAUCGAGGACGUCUACCCUUGCACCCCCACUCAGGAAGGUCUUAUCGCUAUUACAGCCCAUCAGCACAGCGCAUACGUGAGUCGACAGGUGUACAGACUAUCCAGUUCAAUUCGAUUGGACCGCUUCCAGGCGGCAUGGGAAACUUUGGCCACAGUGACACCGAUUCUGCGAACCCGGAUUUUGGUUGACCAAGAGGCCAAUGAAAGUAGAUUGGUGCAGGUUGUGAUUGGGCGCCAACUAAGCUGGCAGCACAGUUCUGAUCUUGACAAGUACGUGGCUAGUGAUCAGAACAAAGAGAUGCAACUGGGCCAGCCCCUCGUGCGUUUGGCCAUAGUACAGCAUCCGACAGAGCGCUUCCUAGUCUGGACCGCACAUCAUAGUGUCUACGAUGGCUGGAGUGCCGGGCUCAUGUAUCAGCAUCUGGCGGACAUCUAUCUACAUGACCGCGUCCCUUCCGCUGUCCCAUACACACGUUUCAUCCGGCAUCUGUUGCGACGGGACCAUGCCGCCGAUAUCAAAUAUUGGUGUACCCAGCUACAGGGGGAUUUGAUAGUGAGUUGGCCGCCGCUGCCGCGCGAAGACUAUCAGCCCAAGCCUAUGCACCGCGACAUCUACAAGAUGCUUCUACCGCCAUCAAAAAUUCACAACCGCCCCGCAUCCGUACUACCCGCUAUUCUCCGGGCAGCAUGGGCCCUGGUCAUGGUUAAAUAUGCGGGCCAGGGGCACAGCGUAGUAUUUGCCAUGGCGUUAGCAGGCCGAAAUCUUCCAGUACGUCAGUUGACAAAGCUUGCGGCUCCCACUAUCACUACAGUGCCUGUUCGGAUUGAUGUCGAUCAAAAACAAUGCGUCCGCGACUUCUUGCAAAUGAUUCAGCAGCAAGCAACGGAAAUGAUGGCCUUCGAGAAUACGGGCUUGCAAGGGAUCCGAAAGCUGGCCCCCGAGCUUCGACCUGUUCUCGAAGUGCGGAAUCUGUUGGCGAUCCAGCCCGCCUGGGAAGCUGAGGAUACUGUAUUCCCCGAAAUGGACGCUUUGCCGGUCAAUCUACAGGGAUUCGAUAUCUACCCACUGACUGUACAGUGCUCGCUAGGCUUAGACGCGAUCACUGUGGAAACACGUUAUGAUGAGAAUGUGAUUGCUGGGGCGCAAGUGAAGAGGAUGGUGAGGUGCUUGGAACAUGUGGUGAAACAGCUCUAUAGCAUCCACACAGACACAUACAAAGUCCGCGAUAUUUCGCUGGUCAGUACCGCUGACCAAGCUACCAUCAUCCGGUGGAAUGGUACCGCUCCUGCACGAGUUGAACAAUGCGUACAUCACUUGGUGGCGGAUCAAAUCAAUCAACGGCCAGAUACCACCGCUAUAUGUGCGUGGGAUGGAAAUCUGACCUACAAGGAACUUGCCAACUAUGCCAACCAGCUGGCAUGGUAUCUUGAGGGUUUGCAGGUCGGCGCUGAAAACAUGGUUGGGGUGUGCAUGGACAAGUCCAAAUGGGCCGGCGUUGCGAUGCUAGCGAUUUUGCAAGCUGGAGGAGUCGUCGUUCCGCUUGGAGUGGCCCAUCCUAAGGCACGUCUUACAGGAAUACUAGAGGAUACUAGGACCAAAAUUGUCCUAGUGGAUGCUAAACAGCGAGGCCGACUCUCAACUCUUCCCGAUGUCCAGCUGGUGGUUGUAGAUGAGAGUCUCUUACAGAGAUUUCCAGCCAGAGAGGACGAACUUCAUGCAACGGUCGGUCCAGAUAACGCUGCAUGGGUGGUUUAUACCUCCGGAAGCACGGGGAAGCCCAAAGGAGUUGUCCUGCAGCACCGGGCCCUGUGCAGCAGUAUCCAGGCCCACGGAGCUCGCUUCGGAAUGAAUUCUCAAACACGCAUGUUGCAAUUUGCAGCCCACACUUUUGAUGCCUGCAUCCAAGAUUAUUUCACGACCCUCUCCUGGGGUGGUGUGGUAUGUGUGCCAAAUGAGGAAGAGCGAAUGAGUAACUUGACGACGGCGAUGCGCAGGAUGGAAGUGGUCUUUGCAACUUUGACAUCUACUGUAGCGCGACUGAUCCAUCCUCCCGACGUGCCUUCAAUGCAAAAAUUAGCAUUGGUUGGCGAGCCAGUCAAAGCGGACGUAGUCAAGCAGUGGUUGCCCUAUGUCACCGUUCUCAAUGCCUACGGCCCGUCCGAAUGCUCGAUUCACUCAAGCUGUAGUGAACCCUUGACUGAUCCCAAACAAGCGUCGAUUAUUGGUACAGCGAUGGGGACUCGACUGUGGGUAGUUGAUGUCGCUGAAUACAACCAACUGUGUCCCAUCGGGGCGCCAGGAGAGCUCCUAAUCGAAGGACCCCUGUUGGCACGCGAGUACCUGAAUGACGAGGUACAGACCAGAGCGGCAUUUGUCAUCGAACCAUCCUUUAUCCAGCAGCUCAACAUACAAUCGGAUCAUGGAUACAUGAGGCGGAUGUAUCGCACUGGUGACAUGGUGCGGCAGAACGAGGAUGGGUCAAUUACCCAUCUAGGUCGACGUGAUACACAGGUGAAGAUUCGCGGCCAGCGCGUAGAGGUAGGUGAAAUCGAGUAUCAAAUAACACAACAGCUUCAAGGGGCACGAUCUGUGGCGGUUCAAUUGUUGCAAGAGAGUGCAACUGAACAGAUCAGUUUGACCGCCGUGGUCGAUUUUCAAGAAGGGUGUGAACAUCGCGAUAGGCCCGUCAUGUUGCAUGGUAUGCUUCAGCCAACGCCUGCCUUAAACUCAGCCCUGCGAAGGUUACGGGGCACGCUGUUCCAGUUGCUCCCCACAUACAUGGUGCCUGCCGUUUUUCUGCCAAUUCUGGAGAUGCCCUUGAAUGUAUCCGGAAAGCUCGACCGACGCGCGAUUGGGGAGCUUUUGAAGGCGAUUGGACCGGAGUAUCGACAAAAAUACCUGGCUGCCGGCGAGCUCUCCGGCGAGCCUGCAACACCGAUCCAACGCAAGCUUCAAGACCUCUGGGCCUACGUACUGCAUGUGCCUGUUUCCCAGAUCAAUAUUUACGACAACUUCUUUCAGAUUGGAGGAGAUUCGGUGGUCGCUAUGAGACUGGUUGCGACUGCUGCGGGGCGCGAAUUGCGAGUAACCGUGGCCGAUAUCUUCAGGCAGCCACAGCUGGUGGAUUUGGCGGAGCACCUGAGCACCAGGUUGUUACCAAGGGAAGAACUGAACAAUGAUUCCCAGCCGUUUUCUUUGUGGCUUGGCGAAAGUCCAGUCACGCAACAACAGCAUGAUCAGUUGCAAGAGAUUGCGAAUCAAUGCGGCACUGUGCUGGAGAAUAUCCAGGACGUCUACCCCUGCACACCCUUACAGCAAGACCUGAUAGCCACUACUGCUGAGCAAUCAUCCGCAUAUGUGAACCGACUGAUCUUCAAACUCGAUCCGAAUCUGGAUCUCGAUCGUUUCCAGGAGUCCUGGAAAGCUCUGAGUGCCACCACUCCCAUACUCCGUACGCGCAUUGUAGCCAGCAGCAAACCAUCGAAGCCACUUCUACAAGUUGUCCUAGACGAGGAAAUCUCUUGGAACUUCAGCACCAGUCUCGACGAAUAUCUGGUAUCCGACCAACAGGAUGAGAUGGGACCUGGAACACGGCUGGUUCGAUAUGGGCUGGUCCGCGGCCAUAAUUCAGAAGAGCGCUUCUUCGUAUGGACUGCCCAUCACAGUUUGUACGAUGGAUGGAGCUCAGGUCUCCUCUACAAAAAUUUCACUGAGAUCUUCCAGUCUGGAUAUUCCCAGUCUACCGUCCCGUUUACACGAUUCAUUCGGUUUUUGCGCAAUCAAGAGGAAGAUGAAAAUAAAAAAAUGGAUCGUGCAGAGUACUGGUCCAAUCAGCUUCAAGGCGAUGUGAUGAACAACUGGCCUUCUCUUCCACAUGUUCGCUAUCGACCACAACCAGGACUAGAGCUGACCGAGGUGGUAUCUCUUGCUGCACACAGGUCAGGCAGCACAGUGACCGCAUCCAAUGUGCUCCGGGCAGCCUGGGCCUUGGUAAUGGCACAAUACUCAGGUCACAAUGACGUCGUGUUUGCUGCCACUGUAUCUGGUCGGAACGCUCCGGUAUUGGGGAUAGAGAGCAUGGUCGGGCCGACCAUUACCACCGUCCCUGUGCGCGUUCACGUUGACUGGAACCAAGAUGUGACAUCGUUCCUGAACUCGGUGCAAGAACAAGCAGUGCAGAUGAUUGACUAUGAGCACACCGGUCUACGGACAAUCAAGGCCCUCAUCUCCUCGGAGUCGCGUCCGGCACUUGAACUUCGGAACAUCUUGGUGGUGCAAACCGCUGAAGAAGGCAAUGCAAACAAGCAAUUCCCUGGUGUGCAGCAGCUGGUAGGUGGCGAAGUGACACAGUUUGACAGUCACGCCCUGACCGUGGACUGCACUUUGAGUCCUUUGGAACUCCGGGUAGCCAUCCGGUACGAUGAACACGUUAUGCCCACGGCACAGGUGCAACGAAUCCUGUCACAUCUCACACACCUAGUGCGGCAGCUAUACAACCCGGCAUUGAUCAAAUCGCGUAAUCUUGGCGAACUGGACCUAAUCACCGCCGCGGAUAAACGGCUCAUAUUCGAGCACAAUGCUCUUGUCGAUGUCUCCCGUGUUGAUCAAUGCAUCCAUACGAUGGUCUAUAAGCAAGUUUUAGCACGACCUAACUCGCCAGCCGUCUGUGCCUGGGAUGGAAAUCUCACGUACUGUGAAAUGUUUAGUCAAGCUGUGCAGCUGGCCCACUUCCUAGUUGAUGCCGGCGUCAGUUCUGAAACGAAAAUUGGCCUGUGCAUGGAUAAAUCCAAGUGGGCGAUCGUAGCCAUGCUCGGCACACUUUUUGCUGGUGGCGUAAUUGUUCCUCUCAGUAUAACUCACCCUCUUUCGCGGCUAAAGGUUAUUAUUGAAGAUACUGCGGCGAAGCUGAUUCUCGUCGAUGCAAAACAUCAAUUGCGACUUGGAAGCCUGGAUCUCAACAUGGUUCUGGUUGCGGCGGUUGAAUUCAGAAAGGAUGGCGAGCAGACUGCGGCUGAAGCAAAAUCUCUGGAACCUCUGGUUCCAACGUCAAGCCUGCGAUUAGCAUUCGCUACGUUACGCCAUGAGUUGCUUGAAGUUCUACCGACUUACAUGGUACCCCUGUUCUAUGUUCCAGUUGCUCACAUCCCUCUAAAUACAUCAGGCAAACUGGAUCGCCGGGCUGUGGAGGUAUUCUUGCGUGAAAUUCCUUCAAGCAGUUUGGCAGGAUAUAUCGCAGAUGAGACCGAGCUCAAGACAGCGCCAUCCACUCCGAUGGAGACAUUUAUCCAACGAAUAUGGGCGCAGGCGUUACGAGUUCCUAUUGAGGAGGUUGGUGCUCACGACCAUUUCUUUCACUUGGGUGGUGACUCUGUCACCGCCAUGCGGAUAGUCAUAGCUACCAACCAAGAGAGCAAGGAGUUGAAGAUGGUUGUUACCGACAUAUUCCAAAAUCCCCGACUGUCGGACCUUGCACGUGUAAUGGAGGAGAAAUCCGUGGAGAGUGAGAUGGUAAGCGCAUUGGAGCGAGACCCCGCCCCAUUUGACUUGUGGGAAGAGACCGUGAAACCAGAUGUGGAUAACCGAACAGCACGCCUGGCGCUCAUUGCCGAGCAAUGUGGUGUUUCUGUGGAACAAAUUGAGGAUGUAUAUCCGUGCACGCCAUUACAGGAGGGUCUUCUUGCAAGCACUGCACGUCAACCCUCGACAUAUGUGAGCCGUCAAAUGUAUGCGUUGUCCGACAAGAUCGAUAUAGCUCGGUUUCAGGCGGCCUGGCAGACCCUGGCUUCAAGCAUGCCCAUCCUGCGUACAAGAGCAAUCAUUGACGUACAUAAAUCCUGGCAGGUGGUUGUGCGGGGGGAUAUUACCUGGAACCAGCACUCCAGUUUGAAAGACUACAUCGCACAGGAUGAGGAGGCAGGCAUCCAGCUCGGACAACCACUGGCUCGAUAUGGUCUGAUCUAUCCACCGUCUAGCGACCCAGUAUUUGUCUGGACCGCCCAUCAUAGUAUAUACGACGGCUUCUCGAUUCGUCUCUUGUGCCAGGAGCUCAUUCACAUCUACAACCAGGCUGACUACAUACCCCGAUCCAUUCCAUUCUCUCGCUUUAUCCGAUAUCUGACGAAGAUCGAUACGACGGACAGUCUCGAGUACUGGGACAAGCAGCUUGAAGGAGAUGUGAUGGCCGACUGGCCUCCUCUGCCCAACGCAGGAUAUGAGCCACGAGCGAGGGUCUCCAUUUCCAAGGAAGUAACAAGUGCACCACAUAUGGGACAGGGAAUUUUGAUGGCCAACGUGCUGCGAGCCGCUUGGGGUUUGACCAUGGUGCAAUUUUCUGGCCACAGAGACGUUGUAUAUGCAGCCAAUGUCUCCGGUCGCAACGCCCCGGUCCGCGAAGUGAGCGAGAUAAUCGCUCCUACCAUCACCACGGUGCCCCUACGUAUCCAAGUCAACACUGAUAACCCUCAGUCUGUGGGAGAUUUCCUUCGUGGGGUGCAGGAUCAAGCCAUCAAGAUGAUCAAUUAUGAGCAUACCGGGCUACAAGGAAUCCUCAGCCAUCCUGUGUUGCAGCUACGCAAUAUGCUCGUCAUUCAAACCGCAGCAGACAGCGAUACGACUCUCGAUUUCCCCGGCAUCGAAGCCCUUCCACUAGCAGUGGAGGACUUUGACAGCUACGGAGUCAAUGUUCAGUGUACUCUAGGACAAGCGAUCGUGGUAGAAGCUCGAUUCGACUCCAAUAUUGUGUCAGCCACCUUUAUGACCCGAGUGCUGGACCAGUUCACUCACAUCUUGGAGCAGCUAUGCGACCCAAACCUCCAAAGUCACCCCCUGCUGGAGUUGGACUUUCUGAGUAGUGCCGAUCAACGCCAAAUUGCAGCAUGGAAUUCAACUGUUCCGAGAAGAGUAGACAAAUGUGUCCAUGAACUUGUUCGGGAGCAAGCACACGCAUGUCCGACAUCUCAAGCGAUAUGGGCAUGGGAUGGAAACCUGAGCUACGGGGAACUGAUUAAAGUGGCUGAUCUCCUGGCAAUCGAACUUACGGCACUGGGAGUCGAACUAGAACAAAUGGUUGGUGUGUCCAUGUCCAAGUCAAAAUGGGUGGCGGUGGCCCUGCUCGCCACUCUGCAGGCUGGAGGUGUGGUUGUGCCCCUGAGCGUGACCCAUCCAACCCGUAGAAUUGAGACCAUCGUGAACGACACCAAGGCGACCGUGAUCUUGGUAGAUGCCCCAGAAUACCGUCGCCUAAAUGGCAACGUCAAUUGUCAACUCCUUGUAGUUGACUCACAGCUCCUCGAGAGGCUCUCUAUUACACCUGCCACCGAUCUCCGGUCGUGUCCCUUGGUCACUUCAGACCACGCUGCCUGGGUAAUUUACACUUCUGGUACAACCGGUACACCCAAAGGAGCUGUUCUCGAGCACGGCACUUUGUGUACAAGUAUUAAGUGCCACGGAGCGCGAUAUGGAUUCGGCACCCACACCCGCAAGUUGCAGUACGCAGCUCAUACAUUUGACGGGACUAUUGAGGACUAUUUUACCACACUGGCGUGGGGCGGCCUAUGCUGUGGCAGAAGUGAACGCGCUUGCGACGACAUAUACUGUGGCUGGAUUGUUCUCGCCCGAAGAGGCACCCACACUGCGUGUCCUCGUUUUGGGGGAGAGCCCGCCACAGUCGAGGUAACUAACCUCUGGAGGACCAAGGUGGACUUGUUCAACUGCUACGGCCCGUCCGAGUGCUCAAUUUUCUCCUCCGCAGCAGGACCGGUUCAAAAUGUCGACGAGAUACACAACAUUGGACAACCGAUUGGCACACGUCUGUGGGUUGUGGAUCCACAGAACUACAACUUCCUAUGCCCUGUGGGAGCGCCAGGAGAACUUCUUAUCGAGGGACCCCAACUCGCUCGCGGCUAUUUGAACAACGAAACGAAAACAAACGAGCACUUCAUCUUGGACCCGCAUUUCAUGUCGAAACUCGGCCUCAAAACAGGGCGUCGUGUUUACCGAAGUGGUGACAUUGUCCGCCAGAAGGACGAUGGGUCUUUUGUUUAUGUUGCGCGACGCGAUACCCAGGUGAAGAUUCGCGGCCAGCGGGUCGAGAUUGGUGAGAUUGAAUAUCAGAUCGCCCGGCACCUCCCAGAGACCCGAGCCGUGGCAGUGGAACUGCUAAAGCGAGGGGGAAAUUCAGAGCCUGUUUUAGUCGGCGCAAUCGAAUUUGCUCCUGACAGCAGAUACCAGACGGGUGAUAUUCAAGCCCCUUCCCUGAAAUUGAGAAUUCUGCCACCAACAGUGUUCAUGACCGAGGCCUUCCAAAAGCUCUACAGUGCCCUUAUGCAGGUUUUACCAACACAUAUGGUUCCAGCAUCAUAUCUUCCCGUUGCCCAGAUGCCUCGCAACCUCUCAGGUAAACUGGAUCGGGCAACCUUGCGGGAGCAAUUGGCAUUAAUCUCCGCUGAAUCCAUGCUGCAGCAUCUUGAGGAAGGAGAGAAAAUUCCUCCUUCAACCGAGAUGGAAUGCAAACUACAUGUUCUAUGGCUUGAAGCUUUGGGAAUUGAGCAGUCGGAUAGAGUGGGGGUGAGCGACAACUUUUUCCAGCUUGGAGGUGACUCGGUGGCUGCCAUGCGCCUUGCAGCAAUGACGUGGCAGCGACACAACUUGCAAUUGUCUGUGGCCGAUAUCUUCCACCAUCCUCACCUUUGUGACCUCGCGCAGAGCAUGACUGAGCGCAGCUUUGAACUUGUUCCAGAAGAAGAGGACCCAGAACCCUUCACUUUGUGGGUCAAUGCCUCGCCUGAAGCUAUGCACGAUAUUGCGACCCGCUGUUAUGUGGACGUGAGUCAGAUUGAAGAUAUAUACCCGUGUACACCACUGCAAGAAGGGUUUAUGGCAACUACCACUCGGCAGUCUGCUGCCUACAUCAGCCGUCAAGUCUAUUUAUUGUCCGCCAAAGAAAUCGAUCUAGACCGGUUUAAGUCAGCCUGGGAGACUUUAAGCAGCACAACUCCCAUCCUCCGCACUCGGGUUAUGAUGGGCCCUAACAAGGAAGCCAUACAAGUUGUGGUACAAAGCCCUAUCGUAUGGAGAUGCAACGGUGACCUCACUUCAUAUAUCGCCGAGGAUUGCGAAAAAGGCAUGAUGUUGGAUCAACCCCUCGUGAGAUACGGGCUGGUAACGGAAUCGGCGGACAAAUCCUACUUUAUCUGGACCGCUCAUCACAGUGUCUAUGACGGAUGGACAAUGCGCGAGAUUGUGCAGAGGUUUGCAGAGAUCUACAAUAGUAAUAAUCACACCUCGGCAUACUCUAUCAUUCCAUAUUCCAGAUUCAUCCGGUACUUGAUGCGGCAGGAUCCUGUUGAGACGACCAAUUAUUGGCAAAAUGAAUUAACCGGGGAGGUGGUGGCAGACUGGCCACCACUUCCCCAAAUUGGUUACCACCCUCGCCCCCAAUCGCGUAUUCGGAAAGCUAUCGUUGUUCCCAAGGGGUCGAACGAAGGCGUUUUGGUUUCAACCACCCUGCGAGCGGCCUGGGCUGUUGUUAUGGUACAAUACAGUGGGAGUAACGACAUCGCCUUCGCUGCCAGCGUCUCAGGACGCCAUGCCGCCGUUAGGCAAAUCAAGGAAAUCGCUGGCCCCACGUUGGCCACUGUUCCUGUUCGCGUAUCAAUCGACAAAUCUAUGACUGUGAUUCAACUUUUGCGAAAAAUCCAGCAACAAUCCACGGAAAUGAUUCCUUACGAGCAAACUGGACUGCAAAAGAUCAAAGAGCUGCUGCCAGAAAUGAGUGGCUCCGCUUUGGCUCUCCGCAACCUUCUUGUGAUCCAGCCCGCGGCAGAGACUGACAAUAACUCUAUCGCUCUUUCCGGCCUGGAGUCCCUUCCAGUACCAUUUGAAGACUUUGGCAGUUUUGGGCUUCAAGUGGAGUGUACGUUGGGAUCCAAUGAAAUUGAAGUCGAUGUACAAUAUGACGAGCACGUGAUUGCAUCGCCAAAUGUCCUGAAAGUGGUCGACUACUUCGUGCAUAUUGUCAAGGAACUCUCAAAUCCCAACCGGUUUGAGCAACCGUUGCACAUGUUACAUGUCAGUCCACAAGAUGAAGACCAGAUAUUGGCCUGGAACCGUGUAGGUCCAACUGGCAGCGAUCAAUGUAUCCAUGACCUCGUUUUUGAUCGCGUCUUACGACAGCCCACUGCUUCCGCUAUCUGUGCCUGGGAUGGCGACUUUACCUACGCCGAGCUUUCUUGUCAUGCAGCUAGGCUCGCUGAUCAUCUCAUUCUUGAAAUAGGUGUCAAGCAAGAGAAGACUGUGGGACUUUGUAUGGACAAGUCCAAAUGGGCGGCUGUUGCCAUGCUCGCAAUUUUGUACGCGGGUGGUGUUGCUGUACCAUUGGGAGUUACUCACCCUCUUACUCGGGUUCAGGUAAUCACACAGGACGCUGCGGUGGAUACUGUGCUCGUGGAUAGUGAACAGCAUCAGAGGCUGGCACCACUCGGCCUAAGAUUAUUUUCUGUGGAUGUUGAAUCUAUCGAGAAACUUACACCACUCAAUCUCGCGCAGACCACCGCACCUAUCCGGGAGACUGAGGUGGCUCCGCAUAAUACGGCCUGGAUAAUCUACACGUCCGGGAGUACGGGCACGCCGAAGGGAGUCAUUCUGGAGCAUCGUGCUCUUAGUACAAGUAUCAUGGCCCAUGGUGCGGAAUUCAAGAUGGAUCAUACUACUAGAACCCUACAAUUUGCCGCUCAUACAUUUGACGCAAUAAUUCAGGAUUUAUUCACAACUCUCUGGGUGGGAGGAUGCGUCUGCAUUCCAUCAGAACAUGAUCGCGUCAACAGACUCACCACAUCGAUGAUCUCCAUGAGUGUCAAUUUUGCGACAUUAACCUCUACCGUGGCCUCGAUGCUCGUCCCACAGCAGAUCCCCUCUAUAAGGACGAUGAUUCUUGUUGGUGAACCUGUGACAGCUGCUGUUGUUGCCUUGUGGUCUCCUCACGCGACCGUUCUGAAUGCGUAUGGCCCCUCAGAAUGCUCGAUCCAUUCAUCUUGCAGUCGGCCAAUUCAUGACACCGCACUUGCGUCCAACAUUGGUUUCCCACUUGCCUGCUCCUGGUGGGUGGUGCAGGCUGAAAAUCACCACGCUCUGUGUCCCAUUGGUGCCCCGGGUGAAUUAAUGAUUGAGGGCCCCAUUCAAGCCCGUGGAUAUCUCAAUGACGAGGAAAAGACUCGCGCUGCCUUUGUCACAGACCCUGAUUUUAUGCAGCAGCUGGGCCUCUCGGAUCGACGGUUAUAUCGAACUGGAGAUCUUGUCAAGCAAAAUCCAGAUGGGUCUUUGACCCACCUCGGCCGCAGAGACUUCCAGGUGAAGAUCCGAGGUCAGCGUAUUGAGGUAGGUGAGAUCGAAUACCAGAUCCAACAACACCUUGAGGGUGCGCGUACCGUCGCGGUGGAGCGCAUCCAGCACGGGGCCGAUGGCAAACAAGUCAGCCUCGUUGCUGUACUGGACAUGAUGAGCGAGAGCAACGAAACGGCUUCGAGGGAUGGUCCCCAACCCCUCGCUCCCAGUGAUCACCUGCGUGCUAUAUUCAACAAUCUUCGCCACACGCUCUUCCGCGUCUUACCAGGAUACAUGGUCCCCGCCGCAUACCUUCCUGUGGACCACAUGCCAUCAAAUCCCAACAACAAGUUAGACAGACGUGCUAUUCGGGACCUUUUGGCGCAACACUCUCUCCCAAGGCUUCAGCAAUAUAUCCAACAUGAAGGUGGGGAGAUUAAGGCACUCCCCAUGACAGGAUUGGAAGAGCAGGUGCAUGCGCUCUGGCUUGAGGUUUUCGACAUCUCAGCUGAUGCGGUGGGCAUGAACGACAAUUUCUUUCACCUGGGUGGUGACUCGGUGACUGCAAUGCGGUUGGUGGUAGUAGCAGCGUCCCAAGGGCUUCAACUGAGUGUGGAAGAUAUUUUCAAGUGGCCCCAGUUGCUUGACUUGACCUCGCACCUCGCCAAACGGCCCUCAGAAGAUGUAUCUGCCCAUGAAACAAAGGAUCCUGCGCCAUUUUCGAUGUGGAAAGACUUCUGUAACUGUUCCACCGAUGAAAGAGAGGACCUUUUAUCAAGUGUCGCGAUGAGCAUUGGGGUGAAAAAAGAUCAGAUUGAAGAUAUUUACCCCUGUACGCCUCUGCAGGAGGGCCUCAUGGCAGUUACUGCCAGACAGCCGGCGGCUUAUGUGAGCCGCCAGGUGUAUUUGAUGGGCAACUCAACGAAUCGCGAGCAGUUCAAGGCUGCGUGGGAGACCCUAUCGGCGGAGGUCAACAUCCUGCGUUCCCGGAUCGUAAUGGAAGUAAGCGCAGUACAAGUUGUGGUCUGCGGCACCAUCUUCUGGCAAUAUGGCACAGACCUGCAGCAGUAUCUGCAAAUUGACCGAGAUAAGGGAAUGUCUCUGGGCCAACCUUUAGUACGAUAUGGCUUUGUUGAAGAGCCGAGUGGAGAGUGCUACUUUAUCUGGACCGCCCACCAUGCCCUGUAUGAUGGCUGGACCGUGAAUACACUCAGCAAACGUCUGGGUGAGAUAUAUCACUCGAAUCAGUCCCGAUCAUCUGUCCCCUUCACUCGCUUUAUCCAGUAUUUGGAAAACGGCCGCCCUGAUACAGUCUCCAGUACUGACUACUGGCGCAAUCAACUGGAGGGCGACGUCAUGGCCAGCUGGCCUCGACGACCAACGGAUAUCCAGCCGCUCCCGCAAGAAGACCUCCAACGGAUAAUUUCACUCCCGGCCACUCAGAGGCAAUGCAAGGUGACAAUGUCUACUAUCCUGCGUGCCGCAUGGUCACUUGUCGUAGCACAGUACUCUGGCCAUGAUGAUAUAGCCUUUGCAGCGACUUUAUCUGGCCGUAAUGCUAGGGUUCGGGGGAUCUCUGACAUUGCGGGUCCAACCAUCACUACGGUGCCCAUUCGGGUGAAUGUGGAAAAAACGCAAACUGUGGCCCGGUACCUCGAGGCUAUCCAGCUGCAAGCAACAAACAUGAUUUACCACGAGCAUACCGGUCUCCAGAGUAUCAAAGCGUUGGUUCCCGAGCUUUCGCCCACGCUUGACAUGGGCAGCUUACUCGUCAUUCAACCUGCUGAUGAGAGCGGUUCUGAUGAACAGCUAGCGUUCCCGGGCAUGGAAAGCAUCCCUAUGCCGAUUGAACCCUUCAAUGCCCAUGCCAUCACUCUCGAAUGCAAGCUCGGACAACAGCAAGUUAUUGUCGACGUGCACUACGACAAGAAUAUCAUCCCGUCUUCCCAAAUGAAACAUGUGAUGGACUAUUUUUCCUCGAUGAUCCACCGAUUGUGCGAGACAGUGGCCCAAUCAGAAUCACUAGCCGGUAUAUUGACGGUUGACCAGGCGAGCCAAGAACAGAUAUUACAAUGGAACACAGAGGUACCUGUACGACUGGAAAAAUGUAUCCAUGAGAUGGUUCAAGAACAGGUGGAUCGCUCGCCCUCAGCGACCGCUAUCAAUGCGUGGGAUGGAGAUUUCACAUACAGUGAAUUUUCCUCUGCAGCCGCACGUCUGGCCCACCACCUCGUGUCUCUCCACGUCGGUCCUGAAAUCAUCGUUGGGUUCUGUAUGGAGAAAUCGAAAUGGGGAUCAGUGGCAAUGCUCGCUAUCAUGCAAGCAGGAGGUGUCAAUAUGCCUUUGGGGAUAACGCAACCUUUGGCCCGCAUCAAAACCAUCAUCGAAGCCUCCCAGACACGCGUUAUUGUUGUUAGCCCAGAGCAAGGGGAACGGCUGCGCGGGCUGAGCUCCAUUAACCAGGGUCAAAGGAUCACCCUGGUGGCAGUUGUCGAGUUUGCUACAGACAGUGCGCAUCGCCCUGUGCCGACAACACCGUCCGGAAUUCUGCCGCUGUCAACAGAGCUGCAAACGGCAUUUGCGACGCUGUACCAGAUAUUAUUGCGCACAUUACCCCUUUAUAUGGUUCCGCCUGUUUUCCUUCCGAUUGCUGAAAUGAGUCGCAACUUAUCAGGGAAGCUGGAUCGCAAGUCCUUACGUGCGCUACUGGUAAACAUCGAAGACGACAAUAUUCAUGAGUAUCGAGUCAGCGUUGGAACUAAAGUGGCGCCGUCCACCAACAUGGAGCGAGACCUGCAGGCAUUGUGGGCUAAAGGACUUAAUCUCAAGCUCGAAAACAUCGGAGCCAAUGAUAAUUUCUUCCACAUUGGUGGAGACUCCCUCGCGGCAAUGCGCAUUGUUGCAGCUUCACACUCUCGGAGCUACACUUUGACUGUAGCCGACAUCUUCAAGUACUCCUGCCUCUCAGACCUGGCUCUGAUUUUGAGCGCUCGAGCAGAGAAUGAAACCCCAGUCGUUUCAGGUGAUGAGUUAGCUCCAUUCUCGUUAAUCGGUUCUGACAACCCCGAAGAAUUUAUCCAAAAUGUAUUAUACCCGGUCUGUGAUUGCAGCACGCGGGAUGUUAUUGACAUCUUACCGACCACCGACUUCCAAGCCAUGACGGUUGCUGGUAUUCUCGCUGGCCCCAGGGCUGGAAACUGUGCGCACUUUCUCCUCGAUGGUAAUAGCACCUAUGACAUCGAGCGAUUGAGAAAGAGCUGUUUAGAUCUGAUCAAAACCAUUCCUGUAUUACGCACGGCCUACGUGUUCGACCAGGGCCGACUUCUUCAGGUGAUCAAGAGUGUCCAUGAGCCCGAAAUCCGUAUCUUCCGCACCGAUCGCUCCAUCGAGGUAAUGACGUCCGAGAUCAUUAACCAACUACUGCUUCCACCUCCCCGCCUAGGCGAGCCUUUCACCCAGAUUGCCAUUAUUGAGGAAUCUAGAAGUUCCCGACACCGAGUUCUCUUGCGAAUGACACAUGCCGAGUAUGAUGCGGUCUCUAUGAAUACAGUCUGGGAAAUCCUUAAGUGCAUCAUCGAAGGAACAGUCCCUCACCCACAACCGCUUUUCUCGGCUUUCCUCUACCACCAGCAGCAGAGCAUUGCACCGAAUACCUACAGAUACUGGACUAAUCUUCUUUCUGGCUCGUCUAUGACGAACCUGGGUAGCUCUCACACGACAAUUGGUCAAUAUCCGUCCCAGGUCGCACACCUAGCCCCUCAAACUAUUCGGUGCGUCAACCCUCAAUCUGAAGGCAUAACUAUCGCGAUCCUGGUGAAGGCGGCGUGGGCAGUCACUAUCAGCCGCUUUUCCAAUACCCAGGAUGUUGUGUUCGGUGACACGGUGUCAACGCGUGGCACCGUCAAGGCCUCUCUAAUGAACGCCAUGGGGUGUUGUGUCACACUCCUCCCGGUCCGUUUACAGCUCUCCAACGAAGCCACUGUUCGAGAGCUCCUUCACAAGACCCGGGAUCAACAGAUUCAAAGUCUCGAUCACGGUCAACUCGGAUUCCGGGAAAUUCUACAUGGAUGUACCGACUGGGUGACCUCGACGCGCUUUACCUCUACUUUCAAUAGCAUAUCGGAGCAGACCCGUACCCUCGAUUUGGGCAGUAAGGAAUACGCUAUCUCAACCUUGGAGACACCUGAUGCGACGUGGACGGUCGAUGUGGGCGUCACUGCGGUCUCUCGGGACGGUGAGCUGGACCUCCGAAUUUCCUACCGGCCAGGAAGCAUAUCCAAGGAGACGGCAUUGGAAUACUUGCGCAUCCUAGGCAAUACCGUUCGGACCUUCUUGAGCGACUCAUCCCAAACAUUGAAGGAGACUAUGUCACCGUUCGAAACGCCAAUCAUCUCCCGAAUGACAAAGCCCAUCUCGGAAGAAGACGGCAUGACCUUCUCUAAACUAAAACAGACACCGGAGUGGGAAGCUGUACUCCAGCAUCGUCGGGGAGUGGAAGGUGGAAAGACCCGCAUGCUUUCGUUUGCACAGAGAGGCGGCGAUCUCUUGGAUGCGGUCUACUUAUCAUCUCUUUUGGGUGAUGGAGAUCAGUCAAUCUCGGCCCUGGAUAUUUUAACGGAAUCACAGGAAGACGGGGAUCGCCUCGUGGACGCUCCGCCAUCGGAGCAGAAUAGGCGCGCGUCCUCAAAAUGGUGUGAUCCAGUUUGA